AUGGACGGCAACGAGAUCGGCCCCACCAGCGCGACUGCGAUCGCCGAGGCGCUGCGUGGCAACGGGGGCGCCGUCGCGAUCGCCGACGCCCUUCGCGUCAGCGGGGUGCUGAAAACCCUCGACCUCACGUCGAACGAGAUCGGCGACGAGGGCGCCACCGCGAUCGCCGACGCCCUCAAGGGCAACGGGGUGCUGACCACCCUCAACCUCGCCAACAACCAGAUCCGCGAGCAGGGCGCCGCUGCGAUCGCGGAAGCGCUGCGCGGCAACGGGGUGCUGAAAACGCUCGACCUCUCCUUUAUCUCUCACUCUAGCUAA